AGACAUGUAAAGCUUCAUGAUUUUUCAACAAAGAAAAAGGGCCAAUUUUCCCCCUCCUUUUCUCUACAGCUUUUUAGGGCAAUCUAUCAGCCAAUAAACUGGGAUCUCAUCAAAGUUCUAUGUUAGCAGAGGUUCACUGCAUGGUGAUGAGGAUAAAUCUGGACUGCAAUGCUUGUUGCCGGAAAAUGAGAAGAAUUCUCCUUAGGAUGAAAGAAAUCGAGACGCAUUUGAUAGAAAAGCAACAGAAUAAGGUAACGGUGUGUGGAAGAUUCGUUCCGGCGGAUGUAGCCAUAAAGAUAAGGAAGAAGAUGAAGCGUAGAGUUGAGGUUCUGGAAAUUGAAGAACUCGCCAACCUUAAUGGCCGUGUAGAACAACAAAUGCCUCCUCUCUUAGCACAACCAGUUUAUUAGUUUUUCUUUUUUCCUUUUUCUUUUUAUUAAAUUAAAUUGCUGAGUUACUUACAACCAGAAGAACAAAUUUGAAGUUCUUAUUAAUGAUAGCAUUUUCAAGA